AUGCCGGAUGAGCCGCGUCGCAUCAUCUUGGAGAAAUCCAAGACCGUUAAACGCCGGUACCAGCGCAGCAACCAGCGAUUUCAGUUCACCGCAUCGCAGAUCGCACGGCUAGAUCGCGAAGAGGAGCGAGAAAAGAAAGCGAAGAAGCUACGCGAGAAGGAAAAGAAACGCAUUGCCAACAAGAAACGGAAAGCCGAGCAGGAGGCGCAGGCGCGUGAGGAGCGGAAGCGUCGCGGCAUUCCAGAUCCCAAUGCACCCCGCGUCCCGUCGAGUCAGCCGCUGCUGUCAAUGUUCCUAGGGGCUGGGAAGCGACAGUCACCUGCUGCACCGGAGCCUGCGCCUACAGUUACGGAGCUCGAAUCACAUGAUAACAAUUUGGAAAGCGCGAGUGGAGAUACGGAAGCUGAAUCGGAUGCCUUUGACGAUUUGGAUGAGGUAUUGGAAAAAGACCUAUCUGAGCUUCAAGAUGCAGGUGUCCCGAAAGAGCUUGAAGGCCAGGAUAUCGGCACGGCAACCCGGGCUCCAUGCAAGGAUGAUGAUGAGUUCUCGGACUGCUCGGCGUUCGACGACGAAGAGAUUAUGAAAAAGGCCGAGACGGCUGCUACCACGCGAACGACUGACGAAGAAACGAAGAAACCCUCUAUACCCAAGGAGUCAUCCUAUCUACAACCUCCCCCAGCUGUGCUCACGCUAGAAUCAUCAUUCGGCGGAUCUUUCCAGUACGACCCCGCUGAUUUCCUUGAAGCCGAAGCAGCUAUUAUCACACAAAUGAGUACUCCUGGAACGAAAGACCGUUCUCCACCCAAGGACAGCUCCUUUUUACAACCUCCCUUGUCUGAUCGACCGUACAGCAGACCCACAUUGGCGUCUUCUUUUGGAGAUUCCUUUCGAGAUGAGACUGCAGAUUGGAUUGAAGAAACAUUUGCCCACGGAAAUGGCGACCCUUUUGACGAACUCAAUAAAACGCUCUCUCAAUGA